AAAAGCCAAAGAAGAAGAAGAAGAAGAAGAAAUAGAAGCAGUAGAAGAAGAAGAAGUAAACGUAAACAUUAUACCCAAAAAAGGGAGAACAAGCUGUCAACAAGAUAUCCCAAGUGCAUAGUUGUGUCGAAACACGAGUCGACUCACAAAUAACCGGCUAGUUAUGUACUUUCGGCAGGUUUUGCGGACGCGGUCCAUCGGGACCACUUUACAGCGUGUCUGUCGAGCCCAGGUAACAUUAACCACAAACCCUCUCAUCCUCCUGAUGGUUCGUACGCCUCCAGCACGCUCAGUGUAUCAUCCUCCUUCUCCUCCUCCUCCUCCUCAGAGGCCGCUGUGCACCGAAGGUGUGGAGGUGAGGUCUGCAGAGGAGGCCAGCAGGACGCGCGGGUCCGCAGCUGCGACCGUCUUCUCCAGAGUGAUCGACAGAAGCCUCCCUGCAGACAUCCUGCACGAGGACGAGAAGUGUUUGGCAUUCAGGGAUGUCAGCCCACAGGCCCCUGUUCACUUCCUGGUUAUUCCGAGGGUCCCUAUUCCCAGACUAAGUGAAGCCAAGGAUGACGACGCAGAGCUCUUGGGACAUUUGUUGGUCGUUGCUAAAAAUGUGGCAAAGCAGGAAUGUCUAGAUGAAGGAUACAGAGUGGUGAUCAACGACGGGAAACACGGCGCUCAGUCAGUUUACCACCUUCACUUCCACGUCCUGGGGGGGAGACAGAUGACGUGGCCACCAGGAUAAGGCUUUUUUUUUUUUACUCUUUCAUGUCAAUUCUAGGAGCACAACCUCAUCCCGUCAUUAAAGAACUUCUCAGAUGCAAAGUCGUGGCUAAUACGUUGAUUUUGACAAAAAAAGGUGGAUAUCAUGUUUGAUAUGGCUGCAAAUAAAGAUGGAGAAAUGAAAACUCAA